AUGGCGUCACUUGUUGAGUUUCAUCUUGCUAAUUGGAUCCAUGGGAACUCUGAGCAUGCGAAGUACAAUAUCGCAGGCAGUGCCGCUCCGAGUUUGACACUGCGUGAGUUAGUAUCUAUCUCUAACAAUCCGAGCGAGACCGAAGCUGCGCUCCAGUUCGAUGAAGUCUUUCUGGGCUUGGGCCCCAAUAAAGGUACUCUGGAGCUGCGGACUAAGCUCGCGGCAUUGUACAAUGAAAAGAUCCUGCCUGAUAGCUUCUUGACGGCACCGGGGACAACAUGCGCCAACAUGAUUGUCUUUCAAAGCCUCCUCAGGCCCAGUGACCAUGUGAUAUCCACGUAUCCCACAUACACACAACUAUCAAGCUUGUCUAAGAGCAUUGGGUGCGAUGUUUCUCCAUGGAGACUGGAUCCUAGCAACGAAUGGCGCCCCGACAUGGACGAGCUUCGCGCUCUUAUCAAGCCCUCCACCAAAAUGAUUAUGCUGAAUAAUCCGAAUAACCCAACCGGCUCUGUACUUGACGUUCAAGCUCAGCUCGAAAUAUUGGAAAUAGCGCAGCAACAUAGCAUUAUCGUGGUCGUGGAUGAAAUCUUCCGUCCGCUGUACCACGAUGGAACAACGAUCACAUCCUUCGUGGAACAUGAGUACACCAAAGUCAUCACGACCAGCUCCAUGAGCAAGGCUUGGGGUAUGUCUGGCGUGAGAAUUGGAUGGAUUGCUUGCCGUGACAAGGAGCUUAUGGACCUUAUGUCAAACACGAAGCAAUACAUCUCUCAAGCCACAAGCAAUAUCGACGAAGCAAUUGCAACGGAGUGCUUGAGCCUUCGUUGUCGGCCAGCGAUUCUAAAAAGACAUCUCGACUACGCGCAGCAGAAUUUGAAUCUUUUGGAGGCCUUUGUCAAAAAGAAUAGUGACAUGUGUACCUGGACUCGACCUGCUGCGGGAGGAACGGCAUUUGUGAAGUAUUAUACUAUAAAUGGGGAUGCCGUUGAUGACGUUCAAUUCUGCAAAGAUCUCCUGAAGGAACAUGGGGUCCUACUCAGCCCCGGCAGUAUUUCCUUUGGGGAGGAAACACCAGCCAACUGGCAGGGAUACACACGAAUGCACAUCACAGUAUCCCCAGAGACUAUGCAGAAAGCUCUUGCACAAAUCAGCACUUUUCUGGGCGACAGGCGCAAAACCGCACAAUAG